AGAAGAGGUGGGUCUUUAGUUGUUUUUUGAAGAUGGUGAGAGAUAUAUUUCUGUACCGUUGCUCUGGGACAAUGUCCACUGUUAAAAGCUCUAUACAAAUAACAGUGAACUGAAAUCGUACUGAAUAUCAGUGAUGUUUCUUUUGCUGAGAUCUUUCAGGGCUGUGUAUUCUUCUUUGUGUAGAUUGAGGCGUUUGGUGGAUUUUAUUUUGAAUGUUGUUGAUUUCUCUUUCGCAGCUGUUGGGGAAAUAAUCCAGUGCUUUAAUUAUUUAGUGGAAAUUAAGGUUUUCCAUGAGCUUAAAAUGAGCAUAUAGCCCUAAAUGCUGUCAAUAAAUCUUUAGCGUCAGUAAUCACAGUAACGUUCAGGCUUUUGGAUAACACCGAGUGCUCAGUAAAAGUUAUUUCCAAGUCAUUCGGAAAUCUAAUGAUGUUUUUCCUGGUUAGAGUAAUAUAGAUUUGUACAAGAAAGUGCUUUUAUUACACCAGUUGAUAUUCAAAUUGAUGAUUUAAUACCGGUUAUCUCAAGUUGACGUUGGGUUCCAGAGCUGUAAGAGUGAAGAUGAACUCUUUCUCCGUACGUUUCCUCGCUUUAUUGCAAACAGAGAUGUUAUUAACGUUAUGUCCAUCGACACUGACGUUUCUCACCAAUGGAAAAGAGAAAUCUAUACUAGCGGCUUGGCAAAAUCAUCAGCGUUCAGAUCUCCUCUUGGUUUCUCCAAUGUAAAGCUGAUGACAUCUCUGACAGGAAGGACAAUAAACAACUCCUGUGAUAAUGCACAAAACUGAUCAUUUAUGACCUGUGCGUUUAGAGUCGGUGUUAAUUAUAAUUAUAAUCAAUAAACAAUUGUUUAUUACACAGAUACUGUAAGUCACUCCUUACGAGCAUGUGUUUUCUGAUUUUGUCCCAAGUGUUGGAGACGAGUGGAGGUUCUUUAGAGAUGCAGCUGCAGGAUUUUUAAGUAUAAAGUUUUAAAGUAUAAAUAACACCCAGCCGAAGAAAUUGUCUGUGACUAGAUAUAGGAGUUCUCUGAUUUGAAAUGAUCUCCAAUUCAGUACAUACAGUAUACUGUACAUAUCUAAAGAUUUAUCUAAGUCUAGGGAUUAACAGGAGUGUACUUCAUGUAAAAAUAAAUGUAAAAGUGCUUUAUACUUCUUUAAAUACAUAUAAACUGGAGUGUACAUGAGACAUAAAAGCUAAAUUCAUGGCUAUUUAUGAGUUUGCUGUGUUCAUGUCUCUCAGCCCGCGUUAUUAAUACGCUAUAGAGAGAAAAUGAAACCACCUCUCCACACACAGUACGUCGGUUAAAAAAUAAAAAGAAUCAGCCAACCACAGCGCAGGGUACAGUCUGUAUCCGGGGAAGACGAGCCGAGCGGACCAAUCACAGAGACUUUUGCUUUGUAGUCAGGCAGACAUAAGAACAGUCGUCCAAUCACAAAAUAAUGCGCAGGGAUUUUUUGCUGUUUAUUUGACUCAGAGGAUGUCCUGAAUGCGGUUUGUUACCCUGACGUGGUUGAGCCAUGAUGGAAGACCCGAUAAAGGCAGAAGGCUCGUCUGCAGACGGCGACGCCAAGCCCGGCAUGCUCCAGAAGCUCAAGCCGAACAUCUCUAAGACCGUGCAGAGUAAAGUGGAUACCAUUUUGAGAGAUGUGCAGCAGUUUACAGACAACGACAAACUCUACCUUUACCUACAGCUCCCCUCAGGUCCGAGCGCGGGAGAGAAGAGCAGUGACUCAAAUGCGGUGAACAUGGCCGACCAGCUCCACACCUGCAACUGGAUUCGCGCUCACCUGGAGGAGCACGCCGACACCUGCCUGCCCAAACAAGACGUUUACGAGACGUACCGGAAACACUGUGAAAACCUGCAGCAGAGGCCUCUGAGUGCGGCCAACUUCGGCAAGAUCAUCAGAGACAUCUUCCCCAACAUCAAGGCUCGCAGGCUGGGAGGCAGGGGGCAGUCCAAGUACUGCUACAGCGGGAUCCGCAGGAAGACGGUGUUAAACAUGCCGCUGUUACCCAACCUGGACCUGAAGAACGAUCCGUCCGAGCUGACCGAGCUGGUGCAAACGUACAAACAGGAAGUGACGGAAGCGGCGUGCGAGCUGAUCUGCGACUGGGCUCAGAAGAUCCUGAAGCGCUCGUUCGACACGGUGGUGGAGGUCGCUCGCUUCUUAGUGCAGGAGCACAUCGUAAACCCGCGCUGCAGCCAGGCCGAGCUCGUCACCUCCGCCUCGCUCGCCGGGGGCCCUGCGAAACCACACAAAGUGAUUAAAAAGAACCCGACGACGAGCAGAGGGAGCACAGCGGAGGAAGAAGGCGCCGGUCAGGAUGCUAAGAAAGAUGAAAGCGAGCCGGCUGUGUGUGUGAAACAUCUUCCUAACGACAAAUCAGCUAAAGCUCCUGAGGUUUUGCGUUACGGAGGACGCGAGAUGCAGGUGGAAGCUCUGGUCAAGAAACUUCCUCAGCUCCGCCCACGUGGCUCGAUUCCGGAAAAAUCUCUCGUCUCUGUUCACGCCCCCGCGCCUGCCUUCACGCCGAACGAUUCCAGCGGCGUCCAAGUCACUCUGCCCAUCACCGUCGCGACGCUCUCGCCCCAGCAACGCGGCUCCGCCCUCCCUCUCAUGAUCCUGCCUCCUUCGGUGACCGUUUCCACAGCGACGGCGGUGACGACGGCAUCCAAACGGGCGUCCGAUUCGUCCGCCGUGGCCGCGGGCCCGCCUCUGAAACGCAAACGCGGCCGACCCAGGAAGCAGAGACCAGAGGAAGCGGCGGCGGCUCAGAACCUCGGUCCGAAUCAGACCGUGAACCUGAAUUCGAAUCUCAAUCUGAAUCCGGUGGUGCUGAACAGAGGGGUGAUCCAGAAAGCGCUGUCGGCGUCCUCCUCGUCCUUGUCCUCGUCCUCGCAGGUGACGGAGACGGUGCUGCAGUGUAAAGCCGAGGAACACGAGUCGCGGCCCGUCGUGCUCCUGCAGGAACCGGGCCGGGCCAUGGUGAUCCAGCGUGCCCCCGUGUCGCGGGAAAACCGUCCCCUAAAUCAGUACGUCUCCACCGCACACCUCCCCCCUCCUACCGUACACGAGGACAGGGGCGUAGUGGAGAUCACGCUCACGCCCAUCGACCACAUAAUCGCUGCAGACGACUCGGUCUGCGUGCCCGAGACCAGCCCGGGGGAGGGGGAGGUCCCUUAGCCGUGUGCGUGUGUGUGUGCGUGUGUGUGUGUGUAUUGUCAGUGACUAACAUGUCAGAGUGUUCAGUUCAGAUUGCAGUCGUGUCUCCGAAUCUUCAGGCGUUUUUACUUCCUCUGUUUCCUAAUAAUCUCGUGAACUGCAGUCGAUUAACGAGAACACGCAGCAGUGCAACGAGCCAAAACCAAACCUUCUUUCAGAGGUGCCAAAACUUACAGAUUUAACCCUAGCACUGACAUUUUUUAUCUGUUGCUAUGGUGAUAUGGGAGACACUUGAUAGCUAUGCCUUUUAUGUUUUUGGUUUGUUUGUUUGUUUUUUUCAACUAAAGCACCGGGCACAAACAUGAAUACAAACUAGUUCACAGAAGGGGAAAGGACGCCGCGUGCCUGGGUGUGAGAAACACGCGAGAGCUUCACGUCACGCUGACUUCAUCACGGCGAGGGUUGUUAUGGUGUCACGGCAGGUCAGGGUGUGUUAACUUUCUCAAAAUACCAGUCCGAUCCAUUUCCUCUUGUUUGGUCACACAUCCGGAAAGAUUACGGCGUGAUUCCUCUUCAUGAACCGAGCAGUAGGAAUAACUCCGGGUGAUGUUGGUAAACAUGUCGCUAAAGGUCGCGUUGUAUAUCCUGCGGGAAAAGUAUAAACACGCCGCUGCAGGAAGCGCGCGCGCUUUUGUCUCGUAACCGAAACUAAAAAGUUUCAAACGCAAAAUAACGAAAUAAAGGGGGCGUGGUUUAGGGACGUUACCGAGUUCCUAGCACAGAUACACACUAUAGCGCAUGUCAUGAUCGAUCAUGUGACCUACUAAUGAUCAGGUGGCCACGCCCCCUACAUUAAGCACCUAUAAUACGUUUCAAAACGAGACGUUUGUAUUCGACUUUCAGUUAACACCGAGAUAUUUUUACACAACGUGUGAGAACGUCACCCCGUAACAUCUCUAAUCUGGUAGAACUCGGGGAUCUGGGCGGGGCCGUGGGCGGGGCCGUGGGCGAUUUGGUCAGAGCCAGUUUUUUCUCUCUCUCUCUCUCCGACUGCUGGGAUUGUGGCGUGAGCAGUGUCGGCGCCUCUGAUGUUCAAAGACGACUGCGUCAGAGACACGUGUGGAAACGUGUUGGAGAUGCUCCACGACUCCACAGAGCUGAGCGAGGAGACGACACGGUGCUACAGCGCUGGCCGUACGCUUCCGUUUUCACCUGCUAGCUCCGUUAGCAUCAUCGCUACUACUUCGGUACGAACACCAAACACCUCUCAGCAUUUCACCUCGGUUCCAAUCCGCCCAACUGUAGCUUUAACGCACUUUUAUCACACAGUCAUCCAGACUGGACAGGACGACGCGGGGCCUGGUGGCACCCUGACCGUCGCUCUGCGUGUGUGUGUGUGUGUGUGUGUGUUAGUCGUGUAGGUAGGUGAUGUCCAGUACUAUUACGGGUUUGUUUACAUCGCCUCUGUGUCUUCAUCUAACAUUAAACUGCAGUGACGAUUUACAGAAGAAGCGCACACACACACACUCACACACACACACACACACACACACACACACACACACACAGAGAUGAUGUAAAGUUACUGAGCGUUUUUAUUUGAAUAUUUUACAGGAGUGUGAGAUGUGAUGGGACUGUAGCACUUCGUGUGUAAAUAGUUUUCCUGUGAAACUCACCUUCAGCCCGAUAAACACGACAGACGAGUCGAGUCUGGAACCAUCGAUAUUAACCGUCACGUCCCUGCCCCGCCCUCCCCAGAUAGCCCCGCCCCGCCCUCCCCCGAAAGCCCCGCCCUCUUCCCUCACAUUAGUAAUGUUUUGUCUGCUGUUGUUUCUCGUGUCUCGUCCCGGGGUCACGGCCCUCGCCGGACGCUUCAGGAAGCCCAUGUUUGUGCCAAAAGAAGAUUGCAGUGAUGUAGUGACAGGCAGCUAUGCUAACUGUUUAACUGUUUAACCAUCUGGUGUAAGAUUCUUAUUAAAUUAUUCUAACUGGGCAGCAGCCUGAACCAA